AUGCAGCGGCUAAUGUAUAUUUCCAGUGGAAGAUCUCGGCUGUUACGAGUUAUUGCCGUUAAUUAUAAAUUAUUAUUUGUCAAGGAAAAAUUAAUUAAUAAUUUAAUAUUAAAACGGUCUAUAACUACUGAAAAUAAUAGCCCGGAAAAAAUUAAUGCAAGCAGUGUUCAUGCGAACCAUCUUCAUGAAACAUCGGCACUUCAAAAAGAAGUGUGUGUAUCAGACGAUCACAAAGGUAAACAAUCAUCAGAAAGUUUUCCAAGCAAUACAACAAUAGCAUGCAAUCAAAAUGUUUGGUCACCUCAAAGUCCACAUAUCAGGCAUAGUUCUCCUCUUACUCAUGAUAAUUCAAUAACAUCCAUUGCAACACCUCUGAAGCAUAAUAAAAAUCUUUCUGAAACGGAAGUCUAUACUACACCAAGUGAAUUGAACACCACUAAUCCAUUAAAAAAAACUCACUCUUCACAAUCAAAACUAAUAUCUGUAAAAUUAGCUGAAGCAGCUGCAACUUCAGCCUUUAAGCAAUAUGCACCGAGUACACCCUUAACAUUAUCAACUACUGAAACUGUUUUUGCACCGAAAAUUUCUUCCACUGAAACUUAUUCAAAAUCAUCUUCAUUAAGUACAGAUUUCGAUUCAUCUAUAUCAUUAUCGUCAGCAACCAAGAAAAUAAAAUAUGAAACGAAAAAUCAAUCAGAAGUAUCCGGUGGGCAAGAUACAUCAGGAGAAAUCAAAAUCCGUCCAACAGAAAAUUCAUUUGAUAAACAAUUGAUAAAAAAUCAAUAUAAUUUUAGUGAUAAUUCCAGUAAAAUUCCUAUUCAAAGCGAAAGCGAUAUACGCAAUGAUAUAUUACGCGAAUCUCUUAUUUAUGUCCAUGAAAAAGGAUGGACUAUGGAAGCCAUUCGAGCUGGUAUAAAGAAAUGCAAUCAACCGGAAACGGCAGAAGGUUUAUUUUAUAAUAGUUAUGAUCUUGUUGAUCAUUUUAUGCGGGACUCAAAUGCGAAAAUGACAGCUUACAUGAAUGAUAUGGCUAAUAAAGAAGAUAUUGAUGGAAAUCGUUUACUUCUUGAAGGAUUAAAAUAUCGGUUGAAACUUGUGAUUCCCUAUGCUGAUACUUGGGAACAGGCAUUAGCUCAAAAGGGUUUACCACCAAAUGCAAAACGUGCGUGGAAAAGUUUAUUAGAUUUGGCCAAUAAUGCUUGGUUUAGUAUUGGCGAUACCGCCACUGAUAUGAAAUGGUAUACAAAGCGAAUCUCAAUCGCUACGAUAUAUCGUAGUGCAGAAAUUUAUAUGCUUCGCGAUCAAUCGCCGGAUAAAAUCGAGUCAAUGAAUUUUUUAGAACGGCAUCUAGGUGAUUUUGAAACGAUGAGUACCGUUCGACGCUCGGUGUCACAGUCCAUGUCGGAUACAGUACAAGUUGCCAGUGGCUUGUUAACGGUGGUUCGCACUAUGACAAAUCGUCAUAAAUGA